AUGGCAACGAGUAUUGAUCCCACAGAUUACGUCGAGGUUGAAAAUGGAACUUUAACCUUUUCGAAUGAGAAACAGCAGGCUAAAUUUGAAUUAGGAGUAUGCAUGGCGGUAUACAAGUGGGAAGAGUUAGCAACUGCUGUUGAAAACUCUUGGGGCGGACCCAAGUCAGCAGAAAAGAGAGAUUGGAUCAGUGGAAUAGUGAUCGACUUGUUUAAGGAAUCUCAUGCAGUGGAUAUUCAGUUGAUCGAAGAGACUUUGUUGUACGCAAUGGUAGAUGAGUUUGAUGUGCAAGUGGAUAAUGACUCUGCAUUGGAAAUUGCAGCAUUGGUGAUGGCUUUUUAUAAGCAAGUGCAAGAUCAAAAAUACGAUCAAAUUGAUGCUUUGUAUGCAAAGUGGCAGGAGAAGAGUAACACACAAAGAGGAAAUAGGCAGGUGCAUAUAGACGAAGAUCCGAAUAACCCAGAUGUAUCCGACAGUGAAGACGAUGAAGGUGAAGGCGAUGAUGAAGAUGAUAUGGAAAUAGACGAGGAGAAGCCACAGCACAAGGAUGAACCAGUUAUUGAUGACGAUGGGUUCCAAUUAGUACAGAAAAAGGGUAAAAGGCGGUAA